ACCCUUUCUUCACUUCUUAUGUAAUUUUGGAUGGCGGGUGGCUUGCUGGCCUUUUGAAGGUGGUGGGGGGCAGCCAAGGAGAGCCCCAGGGGAGCGAGGCCUACUUGGGCUGGCUGGAUCUCUAGCCGGACCAAGCAGGCCUCGCUCGCUCAGGGCUCUCCUUUCUUGCGUUGGGUUGCUGGUGGCGGUGGCAUAUGCUAAUGAGUUAUGCUAAUGAGCUCCAUCACCUAUUUUUUUUUUCUACAAAACGACCCCUGCAGCUAAAAGAGAAAUACAUCGGACAGUUUUAUUCAGAAGGUAGCGUGCACAUGCGCAGCCGGCAGCCUCCACCAGGCCCGCAAAUUGCAGAGGCGGAACACGCGGCUCUGGCUGGAAAGCAGCGCAAGCCCAGCCAGCUGCGGUCCCCGCCUCAACUCACCCCCGGGUGGUGGAAGGGGGGAAGGCUAAGGGAUAGGACGUCACUUCCGCCUUUCCAAUAGCGUGCGGGAGCGGCAGGGAACGGAGAGGCAGAGAGGGAAGGAGAGAGUGCGAGAGCGCCGCACGCGCGUCCAGUGGAAGAAUGCCUAAAUCAAAAGAACUUGUGUCUUCAAGCUCAUCUGCUAGUGAUUCAGACAGUGAAGUUGAUAAAAAGGCAAAACGGAAAAAACAGGCAGCCCCUGAAAAGCCUGUAAAGAAACAGAAGACCGGUGAAAGCUCCAAAGGUGCAGCUUCCUCCAAACAAAGUAGCAACAGAGAUGAGAACAUGUUUCAGAUUGGUAAAAUGAGAUAUGUCAGUGUGCGUGAUUUUAAAGGCAAAGUCCUAAUUGAUAUUAGAGAAUACUGGAUGGAUCAAGAAGGUGAAAUGAAACCCGGCAGAAAAGGCAUUUCCUUAAAUCCAGAGCAGUGGAGCCAGUUGAAGGAACAGAUUUCGGACAUUGAUGACGCAGUAAGAAAACUGUAAAAGGCAGAGCCAUCCCGGAACUCUCUACAGUUAUAGGUUUAAGUAGUCUUUUUACAUUGGCAUUCAUUUUCUAAACUUAUUUGUUUUCCAAGCUAUUGUAUAUUUGGAUUGCAAAACAAUUUGUAAGAUGAGCGCUUUUUUAAAUGUGCAUUAAAAGUGUAUUCUGAGUGAAGUUACAAAAUGUGUAUACUUUUAUUAAAACAAGGUGUUACGUUCUCACAUCGUGGUGUAAAAAUAAAAAACACGUUCAGUUAA